CUCCUGGAAGUGAAGCAUCGGUAAUCAGGAGUCCGUUCAUGAUGCUCAACGCAGCAGCCAACAAACUUCUCAGGGGGAAGAGCAUAGCUGCUCAGGUGUUCUCCAACGGCUUGGCCGAUCGCCUCUUCUCCUCGUCGUCAAGCUCCAGAAAGUUGGAUGGCAAAGUGGCCGUGAUCACCGGCGCGGCGAGCGGCAUCGGCGAGGCCACGGCGAAGGAGUUCGUCAGGAACGGCGCCAAGGUUAUCAUUGCCGAUAUCCAGGACGACCUCGGCCGCGCCGUGGCCGCCGAGCUCGGCGCCGACGCCGCGUCGUACACGCACUGCGACGUCACCGUCGAGAAGGAUGUCGCCGCGGCCGUCGACCUCGCCGUGGCGCGCCACGGCCGCCUCGACGUCGUCUACAGCAACGCCGGCGUCAUAGGAGCACCGGCUCCGGCCUCGCUCGCGGCGCUCGACCUCGACGAGUACGACCGCGUCAUGGCCGUCAACGCCCGGUCGAUGUUGGCGUGCGUCAAGCACGCGGCGCGCGUCAUGGCGCCGCGCCGCGCCGGCUGCAUCCUCUGCACGGCCAGCUCGGCGGCGGUGCUCGGCGGCGUGGCGUCGCCGGUGUACUCCAUGUCGAAGGCGGCCAUCGUCGGCAUGGUGCGCGCGGUGGCGAGGCAGCUGGCGCGCGACGGCGUGCGGGUGAACGCCAUCUCGCCGCACGCCAUCCCGACGCCGAUGGCGCUAGGCAUCAUCGCCGAGACGUUCCCGGCGGCCACCGCGGAGGAGGUGAGGAGGAUGGUGACGAGGGAGAUGCAGGAGCUGGAAGGGACAUCGCUGGAGGUGGAAGACGUGGCGAGGGCGGCCGUGUUCUUGGCGUCCGACGAGGCCAAGUUCGUCACCGGCCACAACCUCGUCGUCGACGGCGGCUUCACGGUGGGCAAAGACCUCCUCCGAAAUCCACCGAGCUCUACUUGAGGUGCUUGAAUUUAUCAGGCAAAGCAUAGCCCGUCAUGUGCUUAUCUCAGUCUUAUCCGUGCAUCGACAAGUAUGUCAUGGUGUUGCGUGUUGUGGGUAAAAUAUACGCAAACCAUGUAUGUAAUAGAAACUUAGAAACUAUUGUUGGAUCGAAAAAUAAAUAUCUGAUAUUCGUCCACGCUAACACGAGUAAAAUUUUUUACUGAAUUUCUCUCAAAUAAAAUUUUUAUUCAUUAGUAAAUUUGUAAGUAAAAUUUUUACCCGUAAUGACGUGGACAAAUCUUCAAUGUUUAUUUUUCAAUUCAAUGGUAGUUUUCACGUUUCCACCACUCCUAUUUCCCCGUGGUGUCGAAUGUUGCUGCAAGAACAUUCAAAAUGUGUCGUUCCCUGAAAACGAUGAGAUCGCUGUUGCUAUCCGCA